UUCGUCAUUGAUAUAGCUUGGAGCCACUGUAGGGUCGGUUUCAACCUGGAAAUCAGAAAAGCCAUUCUCCAAAGCAAACAUCGUGGCUAUAAUAAUGGCGAAUAACUCUGCUUCAAGACUCGAUAGCGGAAAGGACAGAGCAAAAACAAGCUCCUCUUCGGCGUUCCUCAUAAUCACACCACCGGCCACUUGAUUAGGAAGAGGAGAAGGAGAAGAGGAAGAGGAAGAGGAAGAGAAAGAGGAAGACGAAGAGAAAGAGGAAGUCCAAGGAAAAAUGAAUGAGACUGUUUUGAGAAGAUUUGUGGAAGGUGGAAUUAUGAAUCAAUCUGGGUCAAUAAAAAAGAUGGAAGGUGAUAGAUAUUCGGUUGAUAUGGGUAACCUCGAUCGCAACCGAAGGAACGAGAUUGGGAGGAAUGGAGAUGUGAUGUCCGAAGAACAACUACAACAAGAAUUGGCUCGACAUAAUAAUCGCUUUCUCCAACAAGAACAAAUCCCGACGACCAUUGACAAAGAUGAGCUCGAGGAUGACGAUGCGGAUGAACUUGAACUGGAGACGGGCGAUGGUGACGGCAACCACGACGAGGCGGACGAGCCCACCUCAUCCCAACCCGGUAAGAAAAAAAGUAAAUCUGAACUAAUGAAAAAUAAUUUUGAUUAGUGGAAGGACGCACAAACCGGGUUUUGGUACGCAACUUGCAAGUGGUGCAACAAAAAUUAUAGCUUGGGGACCUCCGGCGGAUAUGGAUCCGCCGCAAGGCAUUAAGGCAAAGCACACCGUGGAGUACGCAAGGCGGCGGAACAUGGAAGCAAACUCAAAUAUCGUGGUUUACGAAUUCUCAACCUUUUGGUAAUUUCUCAUACAAUGAUGCACAAAAUUUGACUGGUACGACUAACUUAAUUUGUGAAGAAAAUUUGUCUUAUAUGUUUUCUGAAGGUCUUGCUUUAAGAGAUUAUGCAUGUGGUAGUUUAAAUCCUCAAUUUAGAGGUUAUAGUUGCAAAACCGUUGAGAAAGAAAUUAUAAGGUUUUCUGGUGCGGAAAAGGCAAGGUUACAAAAUUUAUUUGCAAACUUUGAUGGGCGUGUUACUAUUUGUUCUGACAUAUGGGAGGAUGAUUUUCAUCAUGUAAAUUAUUUGAGUCUGACUGCACAUUAUAUUGAUGAGGAUUGGAAUAUGCAUAAACGUGUUCUUGCUUUUCGUGAAUUUAAUGAUCGUCACACCGCUGAACAUAUUUAUAUUUUGAUUGAGCGUAUUUUAAUCGAGUAUAAUUUGAUUGAUAAGGUGUUUGCUAUUAGUUUCGAUAAUGCUACUAAUAAUACUGCUGCUAUACCUAGAUUGCGUGAAUUGUGUGGUGUCAAUAGUUUGAUGGGUAAAUUUUUUCAUCAACGCUGUGCAUGUCAUGUUAUAAAUUUAUGUGUGCAAGAUGGUCUAAAAGCGUUAGAAGAUACUAUGGAGGUAGUCGGGGGGGGGGGGGGGGGGGUAGACGGUAUUUGAGGUAGUGGUCAACUUAGAUUAAAAUUGCAAAAUUAUUUGUCUGAAAGAGGUGUGAGAUAUGUUGUUUUUCCUAAAGAUUUGACUAUUCGUUGGAAUAGUACUUAUAAAUUACUUAAAGUUGUUCUUAGAUAUAAAGAACAUUUUCCUGCUUUUUUAAAACAACAUGAUAACUAUAUUAUACACUCGGCUGACAUCGACACUUGCGAAAAAAUUUAUAAUGUUUUGAUAUUUUUUUAUGCAAAUGAAACUUUUAGUCAUGUUUAUAAACUAUCGCAAAUCAAUUUAUUCGUGAAGCUGUUAAUCUCGCCAGUGGUUUUAAAGAAUUUGAGAAUGCUGUUUACGUGAGUUAUUUUUGUGAUUUUAUGAAGAAAAAGUUUUUAAAAUAUUAUGCACAUAUUCCGCAUAUUUAUGGUAUUGCAUUUAUUCUCGAUCCUCGUUUUAGACUAGCUAAUUUGGAAGAUUGUUUCAACUUCUAUGAUCUUACUUUUUUUAGUGAAUUUCUAAUGUAUGACGAUAACCUCAUAGAUCCGAAAAUGGAAUACAACGAGGUUAGUACUUUAUUUUAUGUCUUAUUUAAUGAGUUUCAUGCACAAUAUGGCAACGCGCCCCCUCCCCCGACACGAACAUUUUCAUCUAAAGGAAAAUCAAUUUUUAAAUCUGUAUUUGGCAAUCUUAUGAAAAAAACUAAAACUACUCACCCUACUGAACAAAGCACAAUAAAUUAGAUUACUUUGUAUUUAACCUAUGAAGUUGAAUUUGAAGAAAAUGACGACUUUGACAUUCUAAAGUGGUGGAAGUCACCAGAAAGAAUGUUCCCGAUUUUAGCACGGAUGGCUAAGCAAGUGCUACCAAUGUCAGUUUCAAUAGUUACUGUGGAACAAGAAUUUAGUUCGGCCGGCAACGUCCUAACGACAUCUAGAACGAGAUUGAGCGCAAACUCUCUUGAGACGCUUAUAUGCUACCACGAUAGGUUGAAGCCGCACGUAGAGCUCAAGAAAUGAGCAUCACCCCCUCCCAAGACUUUAUGGAUACUCAACAACCGAUGGUGACUCUACUUGUGUCGGAGAUUCCGAUUGAUUAAUAUUUUACAAUUUAUUAUAAAUUGCAUUUCAUGUUUUAAUCUUUCCCUCAAUUCUCAAUUGUAAUUUGUAAACCUAUACUUCAUAUUUCAAAUAAAUAUGC